CUGAUAGGUGGCACUGAUUGGCAUUGAUAGGUGGCACUGACUGGCACUGAUGGAUGACACUGAAAGGCAGCUCAGAUGGGCACUGAUAUGUGGCAUUGAUGUGCACUGGUAUGCACUGAUAUGUGGCAUUGAUGUGGCACUGAUAGGCACUGGCACGUGGCACUCAUAGACACUGACAGCUGGCACUGAUGGACUUUGAAAGGUGGCACUGCUGGGGCUGCACUGCGGCUCUCCUGUCAAGCUGUUAGCGUGACAGCUCGAGAGGAGAGAAAUGCCGAUAACCGGCAUU